CAUCACAACUACAUCAAUAUCAAUAUCAUGUAUUAUGUAAACGUCAUUACAUGUAUGUAUAUUUUAUACAUUUACGACAUAACUUGUCGCCCUGCAAACGGUUUUCAUUGACGACCGUAACCCACUCAUCGAUCGCGUCUCUCCUUUUUAACACGCCCCCGACUCCGCAGCUGCCACACGCGGCUCAUGUCGAGGAGGCAGAUGCAAGUCACACGCGCGCAUGACGCCUGCGCCGACACACAUACUCAAGCCAGAGUCGUACUUACUCGAGUUUACUUACAAGUUUCACGUGCGCGUGUAUGCGUGCAGCAAUAUAGUUGGAUUAUUAAUACGCAAGUCUGAAUGGUGUGCGAAUAUUAUAGAUAUAACGGUGGCGCACCGUACAUCACAGCUGAACAACAACAACAACAAAAAUAAUGCGCGCGCUGUUUCGAGUUUUUGAUAAUACAUUAUAAUUUUAAUAAUAACUAUAUAGCAGUGUAUGUGUACAAUAUUGUGUAUCGAUAUAAUAUAAUAUAGCGUGCGAAAUUUUGUACAACAGCAAUCACACACAUAUACAUAUAUAGUUCGUCGUGAUGGAUGAGAACCUGAGCAGGGGCUACGUAGCCCUGGGCAAACGCGGAAACAUUUGUCCACUGGCUACGCCUCCAGUAGACAACAUGGGCAAGACUUACAUGGCUAUGGUGCUGGCGGGCGCCGGUUUUCUGUUUCCAUACAACAGUUUUGUCAUGGCUGUGGAUUAUUUUCAAACCAAAUAUCCUGUUUCGAUGGUAGUUUUUGACAUGACGAUCGUGUACAUUAUGGUAGCGUUUGUCGCUGUCCUCACCAACAAUUUACUAGUCGAAACACUAUCUUUCACGUGUCGCAUCAAUAUCGGUUAUGGACUGACAAUUUCGAUGCUAUUGUUUGUGGGUGCCGUGGAAAUUUUAUGGGAUGAAUUAUUCACGCUGGAUACGUCAUAUUGCCUCAACUUGGUAGCUAUUGGACUCAUUGCAUGGGGUGCAACAAUCCAGCAAUCCAGUUUUUAUGGCUACACCAGUAUACUACCUAUAAAAUAUACACAGGCCGUCAUGAUCGGAGAAAGUGCUGCUGGACUUUGGGUGUCCAUUAAUAGAAUAUUCACGAAAAUGUUAACAAAAGACUUACGGAUAAGCACGUUCAGUUUCUUCGUGAUAAGCCAUCUGGUAGUUAUGACGUCGUGCGUGCUAUUCCAAAUCGUACAAUCAUCUGAUUUCGUCAAAUUUUACAUUGCCCGAAGUGAAGACUCGAAGAAAAAGAUUUCAUUGGAACCAACAGAAGAAUAUAUUGAUUCCGAACAAUCUCAACCAGAACCAUUUGCUGAAACUAGUUUAAGUACGGGAAAAAUAUUUAAAGACGAAAAUGCAUUUAGCUUUGCAAAUCCAAUGUAUGAUCCAAACGCAAAUAGUGUACCAACGUAUAAAGUUGAAGACGUCAUGGUACACGUGGAAACAGGAAGUUCUUUUAAGCUACGAAAAUCUACCCUAUCUGAAUUUUGGAGUUCAUUUAAGAGUGGAUAUAAACUAAGAGAAGAAGUGUCGAAGAUCAUUUGGAAACAAAUGUUGGCGAUUUUUUUAUGCUACUUUGUGACGUUGAGCAUUUAUCCGGGAGUACUUUCCGACCUAGUCAGCCCAAGAUUCGGCACGUGGAUGCCCGUACUCGUGAUGACCGUAUUUAACUUAUUCGAUCUUAUGGGAAAGUUAUUGGGAGCGUAUUCUUACGAACGUUGGGAUGACAAAAUAUUGAAGAGCACCAAAAAGCGUCUGUUCAUGAUUCCCGCCAUUCUACUAAUCGUUAUAGUUCAACAUCCAUUCCACACGAAAAUCAUCAGUGAAUUCAUGAUUAUUUUGCAAACGGCCGUGCUCGGCGUAACCAACGGCAUCACCGGCAGCGUCCCAAUGAUUUUCGCACCGGCUAAAGUCGUUGAAGAACGACGAGAACUUGCAGGUAACAUAAUGACGAUAUCGUACAUAGCCGGCACGACGGCGGGCAGCAUUUUCGCUUACGUGCUGGACAGGAUCAUACACUACGAGAUCGGUUUCUCGGUCAGCUGGGCCGGCGCCGAUUAUCACAAGACGAUGAUGUCCGCCGGGGCCGCGACAAUGAAUACUGUCGACCCGUUCAACUUCAGCCACGUCACGGCCGACCCGGUCAACCACACAGGGUCGUCGCCGCUGCAGAUGACGAUCACAGUCGGCUCGCUGCUGCUGUCUGCCGCGCGCGGCGUCAAUUCCACGACGACCGCGUUCCCGGGAUAA